AUGUCCCGCACCCUGCUUCCUGCGCCAGCGCUGGCGCUGCUGCUGGCCGCGUGCCUGACCUCUGCUGCCCCCCCGCUCGAUGCCUGCGACAGGCUAGGCCCCAGAGUGCAGUGCGGCUCGAUCGCCGUCUCGCAGCGCACCUGCGAGGAGCAGGACUGCUGCUGGACGGUGCAGCCGCUGGACACCGAGCCCUGGCAGCCCGACGUCUUCCUGCCCUCCUGCUUCUACCCCAACACCGGCGCCAGCGAGUAUGCGCUGCAGGAGCCGUCUGUCGGCCUGGCCGAAGGCGACAUGGGCAAUGCCACGCUGACUAACAUGACGAGCACGCAGCCUGAGCUGGGCGGCGACUUCCAGACGGCGGCGCUGAGCGUGGAGGAGUUCACCCCAGGCAAGGCACACCACGUGCUGCGCAUCCGCAUCAUUCCACUCAACGCUAGCGCGCCACCGCGGUGGGAGGUGCCGCCCGAGUUCUUCGCCCCAGAUUCCCUCCUGGCAGGUGGCGACGGCGGCGGCACCCAGCCGGUCACUGCCCCUCGCCAGUUUGAGGUGGACGUGGAGGAUGCGCCCUUUGGGUUCACCGUGCUUCGCGUGGACCGCCAGAGCGGGGCCCCCCUCGCCACCACCUUCAACUCCAGCGGCCUGCGCCUCAUCCUCAAGGCGAGCGCUGGAACGACUUGCUGGCCGCUUGGUGCUGAUCAGUACCUGGAGCUGUCUACCCACGUGGACGCCGCCUCCUACAUCUAUGGCGGCGGCGAGCGCUCCUCGGAGACCACCUACAUGACGCGCAACGGCUACCCCUAUGCUGGGUGGGCCCGGGACCAAAACCCGCAGGUGCCCAUGCGCAACACGUACUCCUCCUGGCCCUUUGCGCUGGUGCUGGAGCAAGACGGCACUGCCUGGGGCGCCCUGCUGCUCAACAGCAACGGCAUGGAGAUGGCGGCCACUCCCGACAAGCUGACCUGGCGAGCCAUCGGCGGUGCCAUUGAUCUGUUUGUCUUCCUGGGCCCCACCCCACUGGAUGUCAUCGACCAGCUGACAGCCGUGGUGGGGCGCCCCGUCAUGCAGCCUUUCUGGGCCUUCGGCUUCCACCAGUAUGGCUACAAGACGGUUUGGGAGAACUUUGUGUCGCGCCUGCACGCCAAUGACCAGCACUGGGUACCAAUCCUUGAUCCCGGCAUUAAGAUCGACGAAGGUUUUGAUCCCUACCUGGACGGCCUGCAGCAGAAUGCGUAUAUCCUGGAUGAGCGUGGAGAUCCCUACAUCGGCUGGGUGUGGCCUGGCGGCUGCCACUUCCCAGAUUUUGGGUUCAAUCCCGCCGUAGACGCUUACUGGCUGGCCCAGCUUGACAUCUACAACGGCUACGCUCAGUGGGACGGGUUGUGGAUCGAUAUGAAUGAGAUUGCCAACUUCUGCACAGGCAACGUCUGCCACAUGCCCACAGCUGAGGCGGUGGCCAACCAACGCGGCUUCCCGCCGUUCCAGUGCCAGCUGCUGUGCUACGAUUCCCUCACCGCGGGGCUCAGCAAUGCCGACCUGGCGCUGACCUCGUCAGUGCUGGCGCGCCACGCGGGUGACGUUCUGGAGUAUGAUGCUCACAAUUUGUAUGGUCUGGCCGAGGCGCGUGUCACGGCUGCCGCCAUCCGCCUGAUCAAGGGCACUCGCCCCUUCAUCCUCACCAGGGCUACUCGCUUGUGA